AUGUGCAACAAACUAUUUAUUACCUCUGCACUGCCCAUGUCGCUUGAAACCGCCGAGGAUCCAAACCAGUGCUUUCAUAAUGGAAUUGCAAAAUUGAGUGCAGUAAUUGAUAAGUAUCUUGAGAAAAGCCCUCCCGACUUUACCCUAGAUGAUUGCUUAAUAUGUUCAAAAGCCUCCGAGUUAAUAAAAAGGCUUGCUACAUCCAAGGUGCAUAUAGAUGUGAUAGAUGAGACUAACAGCACCAUUCAUAAAAAGCGGAAGCGCAAUUUUCGAAUCACAUCACCCAGAGCAGUAUACACAUCCAUUUGGAAUGUCGUAUUAAGAAAGUUGGAUAGCGUUGUCGACCAAGGAAAGGUAGAAACCGUCCAAUCCUUUGAUCAGAUACUUGAGAAUUUCCUUAUUAACUUGAAAGAAGUCGACUUUACUCUAUCUGGGGUUGCUCUGAUGUAUAGCACUAUUGACUACUGGAACCCCCACAUGAUCCCAGGCUACGGCAAAGUUACGACUGUAGAGCAUUUCCUGGUGCAGUAUAUCUUACAUCGAUAUGAGGUAUUAUAUGUGGCCGGCGAUGAAAGCCUACUAGAUAGUCUGGUUGGUGCCACUAUUCGGAAGCUAUUUGAAUGCAUGCAGUCACAGCAUGACCAUCAGAGCCUGGUAGCGAAUAGCCAGGCUGAUACCGCACGAAGAGAUAUUUAUGCCGAAUUUGGCCUGGGUAGGCUACCGAAGCUCUUCUACCAGUUCAUUAAAUAUAAUGCCGAGCUUGGAGAUGGAAGGAACUUCUUGCAGCUCUUCACUACGAAGUACAUGCAAGUAAAUCAGGAGGACACACCCCUAACCGAUAAGCUUUAUACCGAUAAAUUAGAACAGACAUUAAGAUUCACAAAACUAAUAUUUGAUGGUGAUAACACAAAGCUUGCUAACCGUAUAUGUGCCGUACUACUAAAUAGCACAGUACUAAACGAAGAUCAUCUGUAUCCGAUAUUGGCGACAUGUGUUACAAAUGAAAACGCGGCAUCGAUCAGGCUGAUAAUUUAUUCGCAUCUGCAGAAUGGAUCGAUUGCAGUGUUUAGCAAGGUAUUUGCUGCUAUAUUACACGAGACGAAGAAACAAAAAUGCUUGGAAGUUCUGCGCAAAUUUCUGCAGCUAAGGAGCAGCUUGCAACGUGAGGAGGAGAUAUGCAAUGUAAUUCUUGAUUCUUUGCAUAAUAGGUUUGGCGGUGAUCUACAACUGAUUGAGUUUAUGGCCUUGUCACUGGAUAUUCUAGUCAAGAGGUUUAUGGAGUAUGUCAAGGUACUGGUAGAAAGCAAGGCCGGUUUCUCUAAGCGUUUUGUGGAAUCCAGCUUUUACGAAAAGACAAUGAGUGAAAUGGAAACUAUCUUGUUAGCCAUGAAGCAAAUGAGGCUCUUUUCUACAUUUAUUAAUUUCUACUAUGAGAGAUAUUGGUUCAGGAGGCUGGUCUUAUAUGCACGAGAGUACAAAAAGUGUCUCGAUAGAGAUAUAAGCCUGAUAGAGGACCGGAUUGAACCAUACGCAGAAAAUGGAUCUGUAGUCGCAAGCGCCAUGCUGGAGGCAGUUAAAAAUAUUAAGAAAUAUAGCACCUCUAGUACUGCCAAUGCCAUUGAUGCAAUAUCGAUUGUUCUCCCUCGUUCCUCUGUACCUAAUAUUUUCCUUGAACACAAUAUUACAGUGAAAACCUUGCCCGAUGAUCUUUGCCCCAUAACACCUUCUUUGGAGCGACAAAGUUCAGUCAUGCCACCGUCUACGGUCGUAGAGGAACAAUGCUCUCUUCAUCAUCUCGAAAUUGAGACGCCCUUCCUUCUGAAAGACAACAGGAACUUAACACUCGAUGUUACAAUGGUACAGGCUUGUAUCUUGGAUAUGUUCAACAAUCAAGACAGUGUCAGCCUCGAUGACGUAUCAAACAAAUAUGGGAUCCAAGUAGCUGAAUUAAAAACGGCAAUGGAUUCGUUUGUUAGCAUAAAUAUGAUGAAAUGUGAAGGAGGCCAGUACACGAUAGAUCCAGCCUUUGACCCUAAUAUCGGUGUUACCGCAUCUGGGAAACGACGUGUACCCUACACCUCAGCUCGGCAUCCCAAAACAUCGGAAAAGCGAGACUCGGCUUGGAGAGUAGAAAUUAUCAGAGCGGCAUUGGUGAGGACUUUGAAAUACGAACAAACGUGGCUGACCUUUGAUUCUCUUAAAAACGCUGUUUCUGCUCAAAUCGAUGGUUUUAGUGUAGGUGAAUUCAAAGCUGCGUUGGAUAAAUGUAAAGACUAUUACGCAGAAAGAGAUGGUAAAUAUAUAUUUGUAUUCUAA